AUGUUGGACACACGUCCAAAUCAUACCAUCUAUAUAAACAACUUAAACGAAAAAAUAAAAAAAGAUGACUUGAAGAAAUCUUUGUACGCUAUAUUUUCACAAUUUGGACAAAUACUCGAUAUUGUGGCAAUGAAAGGUAUUAAAAUGAAUGGACAAGCGUUUGUUAUAUUUAAAGAUAUAACCAGUUCUACAAAUGCUUUACGUGCAAUGCAAGGAUUUCCGUUUUAUGACAAGCCUAUGCGUAUACAAUUUGCUAAAUCAGAAUCAGAUAUAAUUGCCAAAAUGAAAGGUACUUUUGUUGAACGCCAGAAAAAACCCAAGAAGCCAAAGGAUGAUGAAGAAGCAAAAAAGAGACGCAAAGCAGCCAAAGAACAGGCCCGUGCUUUGGCACAACAAAACAACCCAGGAGGUGUAUCUGGUGGUAAUGUACCCGAACAACCGCCUAACCAGAUUCUUUUCUUGACCAACCUUCCAGACGAAACGACUGAGAUGAUGUUAUCUAUGCUGUUUAACCAAUUCCCUGGAUUCAAAGAAGUGCGACUUGUACCAAACAGACACGAUAUUGCUUUUGUUGAAUUCGAAAAUGAACACCAAUCAAAUACCGCCAAGCUAUCAUUAAAUGGUUUCAAGAUCACACCUACUCAUGCAAUGAAAAUUACAUUCGCUAAAAAGUAA